AAGGGGCUCAAGCUCAUUUGCAGUCUAAAAAGUGAGGGCAAUGUAGACAGAGCACCAAGUACAAACAAACGCAAUCAACAGCAUGACUUUGAAGCAGCCACGCGGGGCCUUAGGAAAGGUCUCCGUUGUCUUUGCAGUCAAGCUCAAGUCAUUUACCUUCCUGCCAGUUCUGAAAAAGCUGCCUACGGAGAACAGGGUUAAAUCAGUGUUGGAGAAAGAAUCAAGUAAACUUAGUGAGGCUAUAGGAGACCAUGGCACCACAGAGGAAAAAACAACGGAUAAAGGUACUUACAAGGCUGAGGUUGUGAACGUUAGUGACAUGGAGCCACAAGUGAUAACCAAGCACUAUGAAACUCGGCAGCAGAAAUCUACUACCAAGUCAGCUGUUGCCCCAUUGCCUCCCCCAGCAGUGGCUGAUGCUGAAAUAGGAUGUACAAGUCCAAAGCCUAGCGCUGGCACCCUGGUCACAGCUGAUAAACACCCAGUGACUCCUCAGCAGGGGUGUCACCACCCUGGAACUGAGACCACCUCAGGGCUGUUUUUAAAUAGUGAAUCUCAGAGAGAGGAGGAGGUCCUGAGCCCAAUGAGCUCUGUGGACCUUUUUACGUCUCCUUUCUCUUCCAAAGAGUCCAUCCUCUCUGAGGGUUGGGAGCAGGAUCCAGGCUGGUUUGCUCUCCAAAUGCUAUCUCGUAGUGCUUCCGUCUCCCCCUGUUCGUCUGUGAGGUCAGGAGCUUUCACCCCAUCAGUGAUGAGAAUCAAGUGUCACACACUUGCCCCUGGCUCCAGCCUAAUGCAGAUGACACUUAACUCCUGUCAGACACUUGGCUGCAACAAACAUAUCACCUCGCCAUGCCCCUUGUCCACCCGUGCCCGUCACAGGCCCCCACCCACACAACUGUCACUAUUAACAGCCAUCUUGAGAAAGGGCCGUUUGCCAGUCCUUUCUCCUGAAUUGCAGAGACCCUACUCUCCUUGUUGGCCCAUUAGCCCAAUCAACAUGACCUCCUGCCUGGCAUGUUCAGCAGCUUUAGCUGUAGCUCCCAUGGUGGGCUCACGAGCAAAGUCUUGUCUGUCUAAAGGCACAACUUGUACAGCGCCCAGUUGCAAAUCAAGACCAAAUCCCCCGGGUUUAAUUGCUAAGACAGAGCCUGUGUCACUCAAGAACCAGAGCAAGGAAAGCCUCUUAUCAAACGCAGUUGAAACAACAGAUGCAACACCAGAAGGAAGAAGCUCUUUGACCUGGUCAAGCUAUUCUUCUUUGGUGCCUCCUCCAGCACACAUAUGCAAACAAACCCAAAAAGGCAAUCAUGUAUCCACAGACCCCAGCUUUUUUCUUGGUUCAUCUUCCUCCAGACAAGUGCAUUUUUCUUCUGAGUCCAAUUUAGGCUCACAAAUCCAAGGAAAUAGAGACAAAUCAAAUGGCACCUCUCCUAUUUUAAGAACCACAAAACCAAUUCAGAUAUCAUCCUCAGAUUUGAAAUGCAUGCAGAUGGCACAUGAACGAUCUCCUACGCCCGAUCCCAAGCCCAUUCAGCAGUCUCAAGACAACUGGGCUUUAACAGUCCCAAAGUACACAGAUGUCAACCCAGGUUCUCAUUUGCGAAACAACAGGAAAAUUUUCCAUGAACUAGAAAGAAUUCAUUCACUAUCGCCAGUUUUUCAACAUUCCCCUUCCCCAAGGGUUGGUGGCCUAACCCAUCUCUCCAACACACCUUCUGUUUCACCAGUCCUUCCCUCAUCAAGGCCUGGCUCCUGUACUUCUACAUCAGACCGCAACACAUUGUCUUCAUCUCCAGCAAUUCCCUAUCAUCACCUUUCCCCUUCUCCCUCUUACUCUCUCCGUUCCUCACCUACUCCAUCCCAUAGGGAAAGCAGUCCCGAUCCCAUAGACAAGGAUAGCAAAAAGCCCUACAAAAUCAAGUCCACCUACAAGGCUCUUGCUGCUAUUCCAACCAAUAAACUCCUUCUGGAACAGCAGGCAAUUGAUGAUGAGGUCCAAAAGAACAUUGAUCUUCUGGACCCCAGUGAUAGUUUUGCAUGGGAGGACCCUCAUUCUCAGAUGUGUAGCCCUGCCCAGCUCCGACAGCAGUCCAGAGAGCUGUAUCAAGUGAUUGAUGAAGUAUUAAAAGACUCAACCCGAGCAGAAGCAUCAAGCCCUGCUAGCAAACUCACCACACACUGUGCGGCAUCUGAGACAACACGGACACUUUCACCAUCACCAAGAUCUUUUGGACGAGAAACAAAAUACGCUAAUUUUCAUCACCAACCUCCUGCCCCUGCUGAGAAAACGCUGACAAAGCCUGGGGUUAUAAGACCAGCCGUGGUUAUGUCAAGAUUAGAUGAAGACAAAGAGAAAAGUUGUUUUUUAAAUUAUUAUCAGAGACCUCAAGAUUUCUCCACAGACCACCAGGACAAGCGGAGCCCACGUGGCCUGUCUGAUUUCCUGGACAGUCUCAGGAGCUCUACAACCUGGCCACAGGCAGACGGCAGCUAGAGUGCAUGAAGUCUGAAAGUCAAUCUUAUUCUCAGCUUCUCAGCAUCAUUUGUCUUUUCAUUCCCAUGUGGAGUCUUGUAUUUUUUACAACCUCUAAAAUAAUACUAUUUCCUAAAAUGGCAUAAUUUGAAUAAAUUAUUGGUAAAAUGGCAUAAUCUCUAAAAUAUGGUCCAAAAUCUACUUCACUAUUAAAGAGACCCUGAUGAUAGUAGAAGAAGAAGAAGAAGAAGAAGAAGAAGAAGGAGAAGGAUCAGUGUUUAGUGGUUUGAAGCAUGUUGGGCCACCAAUAGCUCAGCACAAUCUAAACUUCUUCACCUUUAAAUGAAUUAUGGUAUGUUGGAAAAAUGCUACGUUUUCCUCUAAGGGUCAGCUUGGUUUUUCAGGGAUUAAAAUGUCAUGUAAUGCCAAAGUAAGAAGAAAAUAAUUGU